UGUCAGUUCUUCGGGGUCUGUUGAGCGCUUCGGUCGCAUUCGCAUUCGCUUUCGUUUCGUUUUGUGCUGUCGUUCUGGGGCGACGUAAUCGGCGCUGCGCAUGCGAAGUCAAUGCGCGUAAAUUGUAGCAACGGGCAGAAAGUGCAAGUACAUAUAAAAGUAAGUGCGACCAGUGAACGAUUUGAAACAGUAAACAAAAAUAAAGAGAAAUAAGAAGCAGAACUAUUAUUAUGGCCAACUAAGCAACCUCGAAGCCCGGCAAACAAAGUGCUGUGUGUCGAAGGUAGAAAAUAACGCAAACGCAAAUGAAAGCAAUGCAAGUGCAAAUACAACGAGUAUUAAUGACAGAUUGAAGAAAUUUUAUGUGCCUCGCCAGCAGAAAUAUUUGUCCAACCAUUUUUCGUGACUCCUAAAUUGCGCAAUUUACCAACAAAUUUCCCAUUCCGCGCCCCGUAGCCAAUUCGUUUUGUUUAUUUUACAUUAUCGAUGCUCGGCAUUUAUUUACGCAACUCGGUCGGCCACCAACGCCGAUGAACGACGAACGCUUAUCACUGGCGGCAGAGAAAGGCGCAUACAUUGUAAAAAUACCCAAACGAAAUACCAACACUCAGCACCUAAUCCCGUGUCCAUCUAUCCAUUAGCGUAUGCCCAAAAACAGCGAGUACAUUACAAAUAUUGGGACUUCGGAUAACGUACUGAUAAAAAUGCCCACACACUGCGCUCGCAAGGUGCAAUAACAAGCCACGCCUACUACGCCCAACUACCAUAAAAACAAGACUAACUGCAAAUAAAAAUGAGUAGCCUGCGGCCAGCGAGUGUGUGCGAUACGACGCCGCUGCAGCGCUUCGAGAGCCAGAGCAGUUCCAGUGAGGAGCCUUCUUCGCCGACGGCAGCUAGCAUCAUAGCAGCCGCUGCUGCAGCGAAUUCCACUGGACAGCAUCCACAACUUCCACAACAUCCACAACUCCCACACCAACAACAGCACUACAACAACAACAACAUUAACAACAAUGUUAAAGUCGACUUACAGCUGCCGCCAUUUGUUGGGGCGGCUGCAGGAGGGGGAGCACUUGUCUCCAAGCCGACGGCACGCGGCACUGCGCACAUCUUCGGACGCAUCAUUGUGGAUCUGAGUUUGCUCAGCUGCGUUGGCCUGACCAUGCUCGGGUUCUCGCUCUGGGGUGAGCCCAACAAGCGGGGCUUCUUCUGCGACGAUCUCUCCCUGAAGCAUCCCUACAAGGACUCGACCAUACGCAGCUGGAUGUUGUAUUUGUUCUGUGCAGCGCUGCCCGUAUCCCUGAUCUUACUGGUGGAAUUCUACAGGUCGCAGGAUAAACACGGUAAGAAGCAUUCCCAUCAUUAUCACAGCCAGCAGGAGGGCAGCGGUUACUAUUUGUGCCACAUGGAGUUGCCCCAUUGGUUGCUCGAAUGCUAUCGCAAGAUUGGCACCUUUGUGUUCGGUCUGGGUAUCGAACAGCUAACGACGGAUAUAGCCAAGUACGCUAUAGGACGAUUGCGACCGCACUUCCUAACGCUCUGUCAACCCGUGCUUCUGGAUGGCUCGACUUGCAGCGAUGCUUCGAAUGCGGGUCGCUAUAUUGAGGAGUUUACUUGCUCGACGGUCAAUGUGAGUGCCAAGAUGCUGAAGGAUAUGCGUUUAUCCUUUCCCAGCGGACACGCGAGUUUCGCCUGCUACUCGAUGAUUUAUCUGGUGAUCUACUUGCAACGUCGCAUGCAUUGGCCGCGUCUUCGCAUGUUUCGUCAUCUGCUGCAGUUCCUGCUGCUGAUGUUCGCCUGGUACACGGCCCUGAGUCGCAUCUCGGACUACAAACAUCAUUGGUCCGAUGUCUUGGCCGGUUCAGCAAUUGGAUUCACCUACGCGGUUGUGGUGACUUCGACCAUUUGGUAGCUUAAAUUCACAGCAAACUCGACUUCAAUCCCCACCGUUGCGGUCUACGCUUUAACUUUCCUGUGCUUGAAGUUUCAGUUCAGUUUUUAAUUCUUAACAUAAUUUAUUCUUAGUUUCUACCUGUACGACUAUAUACUUACCUGCAAAUGUAUACAUAUAUCUACAUUAUACAUAUUUGUAUAGUAUAUGCUUACGUAUACACGUAUUUUCUACGUUACGUUUUACGUUUUGUGCUUUACUUUAGUUAUUCUUAAUAAACUUUUAAUAGUGUUUAUUUUCGGUA